AUGGCACUGCAUCCCGCGCGAGCCGCGGUGGCGUUUGCCCUAGCGGUCGCGCUGGAUGAAAUUUUUGAUAAUCUUGAAGAUAUGUUCAAUGCUCAGUGGCAGAGAUUGAGCGUGUGGGCCGACGCGGCGCGGCCCAUGCCGCCGGAAGUGCGGCCGACUUGCCAUUUCGCGGAUGGCUUCAGCCCUGAUACUACAAUGGGUUACAUAUUGGCUAUAUUCCUGCUAUCCAACGGCGAUAGCAAGGGCGAGAAAGAGCAUAAGUUCAAUGUAAUAUACCUUCUUGUAUCAAUUCUACUAGUGGUAAUUUCUGGAUUAUGUUCUGGUCUUACUCUUGGUCUUUUAUCGCUCGACGUUGUGGAGUUGGAGGUGCUGAAGCGGAGCGGCAGGCCCCGGGAGCAGGUAUACGCGGCGCGCAUUAUGCCGGUCAUUCGGAACGCACACUAUUUGCUGGUUACGUUGCUGCUCUGCAAUGCUGCGUCGAUGGAGGCGUUGCCAAUUUUUUUGGACAAGAUAAUGGAUCCCGUUACUGCCAUCAUCAUCUCCGUCACUGCGGUGCUCUUUUUCGGGGAAAUAAUCCCACAGGCCGUCUGCUCCAGGUUCGGUCUGGCAGUGGGGGCUAACCUGACUUGGCUGGUGCGUGCGAUGAUGGUGCUCGCCUUCCCGUUGGCCUACCCAAUAGGCAAGCUGUUGGAUUUCCUAUUAGGCUCCGAGCACCACACGUUGUUCAGGAGGACACAACUUAAGGCCCUGGUGGACCUGCACGGCGCUGAGACUGGACUUGGCGGGAAGCUGUCCAAGGACGAAAUCAACGUCAUCACAGGUGCUUUGGACCUCACACACAAGAUUGCCUUUCGCUCCAUGACCCCGCUGGACAAGGUGUUUAUGUUGAGUUUGGACGAGACUCUUAAUGACGCGGUGGUGGAGGCGGUGCUGGAGAGCGGCCACAGUCGUAUUCCCGUACACCGGGGUACGGACCGUCACGACAUAGUGGGGCUGGUGCUGGUGAAGGAGCUGCUGAGUCAUGUACGGAAGGGAGGUCAGGACGUACCCGUGUCAUCGCUCAAAAUGCGUACGAUACCCAGGGUGAGCGCCGCUACGGCGAUGUACGACAUGCUCAAGCUUUUUGCCAUCGGUCGUACACAUAUGGUCGUGCUAGUCCAACCAGACGAGGAACAGCUGGAGGAGAUUCUUGACGAGGUUGCGCCCGACAGGAGCUCUUCAAGUAGCAGCAGCAGUAGCAGCAGCAGUAGCAGUAGCACCUCCAGCGGUCGGCUCAGUACGCCGCCGAGUGUAGAUGAGCGGCAGCGUCUGGUGCCAUUGCAUGUGGAGAUGUCGGACGCGGCGGUGGUCUUGGCGGCGGCGGGGAGUACGGCCGUGAGGAGUGAGGCAGCGGCGGUGGCAACGUUACCGAUAGAUGAUGAGGGGGAGUCAUCCAUUGAGCUCGGACUGGGGAAGGUCGCGGUCGCCACGGACGCCUUUCGCUGCUACACAGACAGCCCCGCACUGGCGGAAGCGGAAGCGGCAGCGGCAGGGGCCCCUGGAGCUAACCCGGACGGCACCGUGUCGCCUUGGCCUGGCGGCGGCGGCAGCAACGGCGGCGGCGGCAGCAGCAGCCUCAUCCGCCCCAGCACGUUCAGCCUCAAAACGGUUAAAUCCUUUGUUUUGGGCACUCAUCACCACCACGGGAAUAAGGAUCGAGGUGGGAGUGGUGGUGGUGGUGGUAAUGGUGGUGGUAGUGGUGGUGGUGGUGGUGAUGGUGGUGGUAGUGGUGGUGGUGGUGGUGAUGGCGGUAAUGGGGGAGCUGCAGGCGAGUACAGCAACCACCACCACAGCCAUCACGGCGAACAGCAUCACGGACACGAAAAGAAAGAUCGCGCUGGGGGUCGAACUCGCGACCGCGAGAAUAAGGAAAGGGAGAAGCAGAGAGAAAGAGACAACAAUCGUGACGGCAGCAGCCACGGACGUGGCAGUAACAACCGACGUGGCAGACGCCGCAGCCGCAGCCGACGCAGCAGCGAUAGUAGCAGCAGUAGCAGCCGUAGUAGCAGCAGUAGCUCUUCUUCGAGCAGCAGUAGCAGCAGUAGCGACGACCCCCAUUCGCACAUGCGGACGGGCUCGUCGACAUGGUCGGACAACGCGCCCUUGAUCGAGGCCAUUGAGGCGCUGGAAGAUCAAUUGGAGGACCAUGGGGUGUUGCCGGGACAGCCCAUUGGCAUCAUCACUAUUGAGGACGUCAUCGAGGAGCUCUUGCGUUUCGAGAUCAUGGACGAAACGGACCAGUACCUGGACAAUGAGAAGUCCAAGCCGGCCAUGGACGCCCGACAGGAGAUGAGCAUGGCGCUGCCGGAGAGGCUGCAGGUGGUAUUGGGCCUCUUCAGCGGCCGCGACGGCUCCAACCACCACCUGACGAGGAUCAGCAGCAGCAUGCGCCUCAGGAACAGCGCAAAAGAGCUGCCUGCUGCACCGCCACCACCACCACCAUCACAACAACAACAACAACAACAACAGCAAACACAGCAACAGUCCUUGUCGCAGCCAGGAACAGCGACAGCAGCAGCAGUAGCAGCAGCGGGAUCGCCUGUGGCAGGCACUGCUACUCGACAAGCUCCAGGGGCGGCUGCUGGACCUCAGGGACAUGUCGCUGGCGGCGGCAGCGGCGGAGCCGCAGCAGUGGCGGCGGUGGCGACGGGCGCCAGCGGGCUCGCCCAUUCCUCCAGUGUUCACUCACUCGGUAAUGUAAGCCUGGUUUCGGGGCCGGCGGCGGCGGCGGCAAUAGGCCCAUCCGUGUCCGCGUUAGCUGGAGGAGGAGGUGGUGGCGGUGGUGGCGGCGGUGGGGGAAUUGGCAGCGGCGCCGCCGCUUUCCGCCGGCCGGCGUUCCUGCAAGCGAUCCUUGGUGCAGCGGCGGUGCCGCCGCAGGCGAUAACAGCGCCGCUCGGUAGCACCCCCGCCGCCACUGCGAACACCGCCGCUGCCGCGACGGGCGGCAACGUCGCCUCCGUUACCUCAGCUCCGCUGACGCGCCAUAGGCGGACAGCGUCAGGUAACUUCUUGUCGAGCAUGUCCAAUGCGACGGUCGCCGUAAGCGGCGACGGCGGCGGCGGCGGGGCUGGGAGGGCUUCUGUAGCGGCCGUAAGUAGCGCUGUUGGCGGAGGCGGAGGCGGCGGAGGUGGAGGUGGCCUGACGCUUAGCGGAGUGGGUCAGUGGCUUUUUGGCGGAGGCGGAGGCGGAGGAGCGGGUGGAGAACUCAGCGGCGGCGCAGCUGUUAAUGUGCCGCAUGUCACGCGUCCCGGGUACAGCAGCCUGCCACCUGCCUUGCCGAUACACAUUGGCGGUGGCGGCACGGCGGCAGGCCGCACAGCAGGCGGCCGAUCCGCCACCGCUGCCGCCGCCUCGUCGUUGCCGGCGCCGUCGCGUCUGGUAGUCGGUCACCUGGCGGGCAACACCAGUCAGCUGGGAGCCAUCGCAGCGGGCUUGCCGCGCGGAGGACGUCCAGGAGGUGGCGGCGGCACCGCCACCGUGAGAGCAUCCCUGGAGCGCGACGGCGCCACCCUGCCGCUACUAAGUCUUGGCCUAGGUCACGGCCUUGGUCGAGGGACGGCGUCCAGUAGCAAAGGCAACGGCGCCGGCGGGGCUGUAGCACGACCAGGAGAGUACGAGCUUGCUCGUACGAACUCCAUGUAAGACGAUGUAUGCGAUGUGUAGCCCUUUGUGUCUGUGCGCUUGCUUUACGUUGCCUUUUCUGUCCAGGCAGGUAUGCAGGUAGGUGUGCAGAUGGGGCGGGGUAGGUAGUGGGGUGACGAGGGGGUUGAGGGAAGCCGAAACUGGUGGAGACUCCAGGGAGGCAGAAAAGAUCUCUUUUCACGUCCGAAGCCAGGGCAUUGGAGGUUUGUGUUUUCAAGGGUUCCUCGCGGGGCGCUCGGAAGGAGUUUUCUUCUUCGUCCUUUUCGUGUGGACAGAGCGAAAGAUGGGCUUGGGGAGGGAGAGUGUGGAGCCGCUGGGGGUGUCAAGCCGAGAGCAGGUGGGCUCCGCUGUCCUCCGCUAUACCGUCGGGCUCGUCCAAUGCCACCCCGAUCACAUGUGUAAUAUGUUAUCGGGUGUGUGUGACGUGGCAGGGAAUGAUGGCAGGGAAUGAUGGCUUGUGAUGGCUUGAAGGCAGCUUAGAGGGCCGGCGGCUUCUAACGGCCGUCCACUGGACGUCCACAGACAGACUGAUUGAUCGAGUGGUAUGGCUUCUGAGUUUAGGCCGUGGAGGUUGUUGGAGGUGUUGGUGUUGAAGGUGUUCAUGUUGAUGGUGAUGAUGAUGGCCACGGGGAAGAUGGUUUCUUCUGUUUGAGACGGUAGCAGUGGCAAUUAAACAGGUGUCCUACUACCGUUCAGUAGUAUAAUUGCCAAGCAUUUUUUUUGUCUUUUGCUAUUCCUGUCCAUGCAGUUGCUUCUUAUUUCUGUUGUCAUCUUAAGUAUCAUUUGUACAGUUGUGUGUCUUUGUUCGGGGGGAGGAGGCAGCAUGUGUGGACAUUCAUACGAUGACGCCCGAAGAGGAAUAGAAAUGGGAGGAAGUCACUUGCGUCGUAAUUUAUUAGAGCAUGCCAUCGUGUGUACGAGCGGAUGGUUGGUGUUCAUGCUGACAGUGCAGGUCGGGUACAACAUGAAGUACGGCACGUCGUCGUAUGGUCAUGUCCGUAAUCAGUAGCACUGAAACUCACAUGGAUUAAUUCCGAUCGGAUACCAAGGGAACAAGAGCUCUCAUGGUUUUUGGUUGGGCUCUAGUUUUACUGCUGGUGGUAGUGCUGGUGAUGAUGGUGGUGGUGUUACUCCUGCGGCGGCUAUAGUUCUGCUACUGCUGCUGCUGUCCAUGGCUAGGACUAGGUGUGGUGUGUGGCUUGGGUGUGGCGUCGCAUGGCUGUGCGAGGAGCAGUGGGGGGGACCCUACGGUUCUCGGGUGGCGGGCCACAGGACUCGGUGGUUUCCUCCUCCUCCAGGGCGCCGUGUGUUGUGUCUUCAGCGGACAUACCUUCGGUUGGCACACAACAAGGGUAACCGCUUUAGGUAUGAGAGCAGGCACCGAUGUCCGGUCACCCUAUUUAUCUGUGGUUCAGUGUGAAACGAAUUUUU